UCAAACAAAUCAAUUCGGGUUUUGAGUGUAUGAACAAAAGAGCAUUAGAUCUUGGCCUUCAGAGCAUGGUUGUGAAUGCACCUGCCGCUGUUGCUCAUACUUCCAUUGAGACGGAUUCGUUCAGUCUUGAUCCAAUCUUUAUUGGAAGAGAGGAUGAUGUGCCUAAACUAGUUCACAUGCUCACCGAGGUCCAGGAUGAUCGGAUCUUUUCCACGGUCGCCCUCGUCGGAAUGGGGGGUAUGGGGAAGACUACAUUGACUAGGAAAGUCUUUAAUCACGAAAGCUUAAAGGCUCGAUUCGGAUCACUUAUUUGGGUUCAUGUUUCCCAAACUUUUGAUCCAAUCAGUCUUUUCAAAACAAUUCUUUCAGCAUUGGCUUCAGAUAUUGGUGAUGGAGUUGAGAGCAGGGAACUAAUCCUGAAAAGGCUUCAAGAAGUUCUCAAGUCUAAAACAUAUCUUCUUGUUCUUGAUGAUCUAUGGAAUGAAGAUAUAUCUAAUUGGGAAGACUUUAUAAACUCUAUAAUGGGAGUUACUUCUACAAAGGGUAAUGGCAUUAUCAUCUCCACUCGGAGUCAAAAGGUUGCUUCAGUUGUUAACUCAUUUCAUAUUCAUCAUUUGAAUGGCUUAUCAGAUGAAGAUUGUUGGUCCAUAAUCAAAGCCAAAACUUUUGAUGAAAAUGGUGAGGUUCCAUCAGAAUUUGAGAUGAUUGGAAGAAAGAUUGCUAAAAAAUGUCAGGGUUUGCCAUUAGCUACCAAUGUAGUUGGGGGAGUGCUUCGUGGUAAGUCCGAAGAAGAGUGGCGCUUCAUCAAUGAAAAUUGGGUUUCACAUGGUGAAGGAGGUGAUAAUAUCUCAAAAAUAUUGAAAAUGAGCUUUGAUCAUCUAUCUUCACCGUCGCUCAAGAAGUGCUUCUUGUUUUGUUCGAUUUUCCCAAAAGGUUGGGAAAUUGAGAAGCAUGACUUAAUUGAACUAUGGAUGGCCGAAGGCUUUCUUCAACCAAGCCGAAUAAAUGACAUGGAGUCUGUGGGCAACAUGUUUUUUAAUGUGCUUAUACAAAACUCUUUAUUGCAAGCUGCAUAUAAAUAUGAGUAUGGAAAUGUUACAAAGUGUGUGAUGCAUGAUCUUGUGCAUGAUCUUGCAUAUUCAGUCUUAUCCAAUAAUGAAGAUGACGGCACUCCAGUUCGAUACAUGUUUCUCAACGAAGAUUCAAGUCCUCUUCCGAAAAAAGUGGCAAAGCAUUUGCGUACAUUAUUCUUGCGUGGUGAAACUUCUGGUACGAAGUUCUCAGACUUUGAAUGUUUGCAUAAUCUUACUCUUUCUGGUGAGGGUAACAAAGAGUUGCCCAAUUCCAUUAGGGGGUUGGUACAUUUGAGAAAUUUGAAUAUUUCCGAUUCAAAUAUUGUAAAGUUGCCGAAAUGGAUUAGUGAACUCCAUCACUUGCAAACAUUAAGAGCAUGCUGGUACACAGAACUGCCAAGUACAUUAAGGUAUAUGUUUAACUUAAGGCAUCUUCAUAUUCAUUCUCGUUCAAAGUUGCCGGCAGAGAUUGGGAGAUUGACGAAUCUCCAAACGCUCCCUCACUUCACAGUGGGCAAAGAGAAGGGCUACCAAAUUGAAGAGCUCAGAAGUUUGAAGAAUCUCAAAGGAACACUAGCGAUACGUAAUUUGGAGAUGGUGCGUGAUAAGGAAGAGGCUAUGAAAGCAAAUAUGUUUCAAAGGCCAAAUUUAUUUGAUUUGGUGUUUGAAUGGAGUGAUGAUAGAGAAGAUGAAAGAAACGAUGAGAGUGUGUUGGAAGGCCUCCAACCUCAUGCUAAUCUGAAAAAGUUGAAUAUUUCAAGAUUCAAAGGAGAAAGAUUUCCAACAUGGGCUGAGAAGAUGGCAGUAAGUGAUGGGCCUCAAGGCUCUUGGAUACCGCUUGCCAACUUGAUUAAAUUUACACUCUCCAAUUGCUCGGAAAUUGAUGAAAUCCCAGCGCUGGAGCACUUGCCUAAUCUCAAGUCUCUUUCUUUGAAAAAAUUGAAGAAGGUGAGGCUCAUAAAUGCUUCGUUCAAUCAUUUAACGUCACUAGAAAUAACAGAGUUAGAGGCAUUAGAAUUUCUGCCAGAAUGGUUAUUCUAUAACAAUCAUAAUCUCUCAUAUUUGAAUAUUUCCAGAUGUUGUGUGUUGAGAGAAUUACCAGAAGGAUUGGACACCCUCAAUUCUCUGCAGAGUUUGAGUAUUUGGGGUUGUGAAAAUCUGAAGUCGAUUGGGAAUCCAAGUUGUGGAGCACGGCAAUCACAAGGGAUCCUUCGUUCGCUGAGUAUUGGAAGGUGCGUAGAGCUGAUGGAAUUGCCUUGUGAAAUGCUAGAGUCGUGGGCCCCUACAAUUGAGGAACUUCAAUUGGUUGAAUUAAGGAGGCUAAAGAAUCUACCAAUGCUAAUUGACUGCCUCGCUAAAUCAUCUACUCGUCUCACAUUGUUGAGCAUUUUAGGUGUUCCUAAAUUGAAGGCUGCUAGUAUUGGUAGUGUUGUGAGUUGGGAUCUUAGCAGCUUGUACUUUUUAAGCAUAGAUGUGAGUGUGGAAUGGUCAAGAGAGGAUAGUGUUGGCAUUGCAAAGAUUGUGGAUGAGAUGCUGCAAAGAUGCUGCAACUCACUUAAGGUGAUAUAUUUUCAGGGGGUGGAAAAUUGGGAGUGGCUGCCCCAAUCAAUUCAAAAUCUCACUGUUCUUUUUUCGUUAGAGUUGGAGAAUAUAGGAGUAGAUGAAUUGCCCCAAUGGUUGGGGAAUCUCUCAUCUCUAAAAUAUUUAUCUCUAAAUAGUUGCAACAAGUUGAAGUGUCUGCCCUAUGUGGAUGCAAUGAACCACCACACCAAAUUAGAAAAGUUGAAUAUUAGAGAUUGCCAGGAACUACAUAUUGAUUCGGAGUGGCGCAACCACCAUCCCCGUAUUGAAAUCAAGGUCAAUAACCGGCCCGUUUACUUUGUUAUCCACAUGUUUACAAUUCAAACACUCAUCUUCGGAAAGAAAAAAAAAAAUCAAAAAACCAUUUUCUCUCAUACUGCAUAUCUCUUCUGCAAAACCAUGGAUGGAGGUUCAGCAGCCAUUGAAGUUCUUCUCCAAAACCUCAUCAACGCUAUAAAGGAAGAGUACUCUCUAAUUCGAGAUCUCAACGAAGAUGCCCAACAGCUGCAGAAGACAUUGGCGCUGAUUCUAGCCUUCUUGAGCGAUGCAAAGAAGAAAUUUAUCGCUGAAGAUGCUGUCAAGGUCUGGCUGAGGGAGCUCGAAGCUCUGGCUUUCGAUGCUGAUAAUGUCUUGGACGAACUCAGCUACCAUCGUCUCCACAAAGAAGUGAAGAGAAUGAUGGCAACCAAAGCCAAGGAUAAGGUACUAUCAUUUUUCACAUCCUUUAAUGGCAUUUCACGUCGGCUUAAUAUGGCUCAUACAAUCAAACAAAUCAAUGCUACUUUUGAGUGUAUGAACAAAAAAGCUUUAGAUCUUGGCCUUAAGGAUAUAAUUCGUAAUGCACCUGUUGCUGUUGCUAAUACUUCCACUGAGACGGAUUCGUUGAGUCUUGAUCAAAUCUUUGUUGGAAGAGAUGAUGAUGUGCCUAAACUAGUUCACAUGCUCACCCACACCCACCCACAAGAAGUCUCCAUCGUUGCUCUUGUUGGAAUGGGGGGUAUGGGGAAGACUACGUUGGCUAGGAAGGUCUUUAAACAUGGAAGCGUAAAGGCUCGAUUUGGAUCACUUAUUUGGGUUCAUGUUUCUCAAACUUUUGAUCCAAUCAGUCUUUUCAAAAAAGUCCUCUCGGCAUUGAGUUCAGAUAUUGGUGGAGUUGAGAAAAGGGAAGAUAUCGUAAACAGGCUUCGAGAAGAUCUCAAGAACAAAACUUAUCUUCUUGUUCUUGAUGAUGUAUGGAAUGAAGAUAUUUUGAAAUGGGACGACUUUAUAAAUUCCAUACGAGGAGCUACUUCCACUAAAGGAAAUGGCAUUAUCAUCACCACCAGGAGUGAAAAAGUUGCAUCAACUGUUGGCCCAAUUCAUGUUCAUCAUCUGAAUGGCUUAUCGGAUGAAGAUUGUUGGUCCAUAAUCAAAGCUAAAACAUCAGUUGGAAAUGGUGCACUCGAGAUGAUUGGAAGAAAGAUUGCUAAAAGAUGUCAGGGUUUGCCCUUAGCUGCCAAUGUAGUCGGGGGAGUGCUUCGCGGUAAGUUUGAAGAGGACUGGCGCAUCAUCAACGAAAAAUGGCUUUCAGAUGCUGAAGGAGGUGACAAUAUCUCAAAAAUAUUGAAAUUGAGCUAUGAUCACCUCUCUUCACCAUCACUCAAGAAGUGUUUCACGUUUUGUUCAGUUUUCCCCAAAGGUCAGAAAAUCGUGAAAGAGGAGUUGAUUGAACUAUGGAUGGGAGAAGGGUUUCUUCAACCAAGCCAAAGAGAUGAUAUGGAGUCUGUGGGCAACAUGUUUUUUAAUGUGCUUCUACAAAACUCUUUGUUGCAAGUUGUGAACAAAGAUGAUUAUGGAAAUGUUUCGGAGUGUGUGAUGCAUGAUCUUGUGCAUGACGUUGCAUCUUCUGACUUAUCCAAUAAUGCAGAUGACAAUACCCCUGCUCGAUACAUGUUUCUGAAAAAGGAAUCAAGUCCUAUGCAAAAAAAUGUGGCCAAGCACUUGCGUACAUUAUUCUUGGAAGGUGGAACUUCUUGUACUAAGUUCUCAGGCUUUGAAUGUUUGCAUAAUCUUACUCUUUCUGGGGAUUAUAAAGAGAUACCUGAUUCAGUUAGAGGGUUGGUACAUUUGAGAAAUUUGAAUAUUUCAAAUACAAAAAUUGUAAAGUUGCCGAAAUGGAUUGGUGAACUCCAUCUUUUGCAAACAUUAAGAGUAAACAUAUGGAGGUUAGAGAAACUGCCAAGUACGCUCAAGUACAUGUUUAACUUAAGGCAUCUUCAUAUCUAUUCAGAUACAAAGUUUCCGGCGGAGAUUGGGAAAUUAACUAGUCUCCAAACACUACCUUACUUCAGAGUAGGCAAAGAGAAGGGCUACCAAAUUGAAGAGCUCGGAAGUUUGGAGAAUCUCAAAGGAAUGUUAAAGAUUAGUAAUUUGGAGGAGGUGUGUGAUAAGGAAGAUGCCCUGAAAGCAAAUAUAGCUCAGAAACCAAACUUAUUUCAUUUGGCGUUUCGAUGGAGUGAUGAUAGAGAAGAUGAAAGAAAUGAUGAGAGUGUAUUGGAAGGCCUCCAACCUCAUAAAAAUCUGAAGAAAUUGAAAAUUUCAAGAUUCAGAGGCAAAAGGUUUCCAGCAUGGACUGAGAAGAUGGCAGUACGUGAUGGGCCUCAUGGCUCUUGGGUACCGCUUGCCAACGUGAUUGAAAUAAAACUCUCCGAGUGCUCAGAAAUUGAGGAAAUCCCAAGGUUGGAGCACUUGCCUAAUCUCAAGUCUCUUUCUUUGAAAGGAUUGAAGAAGGUGAGGCUCAUAAAUACAUCAUUCAAUCAUUUAACAUCACUCAAAAUAGAAGAGUUAGAUAUGUUGGAAUAUCUGCCAGAAAGGUUAUUCUAUAACAAUCAGAAUCUCUCAUGUUUGGAAAUAUGCAUCUGUGGUGUGUUGAAGGAAUUACCGGAUGGCUUGGACACCCUCAAUUCUCUAGAGAUUUUGAGAAUUUGGUAUUGUGAGAAUCUGAAGUCGAUUGGAAAUCCUAGCGGUGGAGUACGACAAUCACAAGGGAUCCUUCGUGAGCUGAGUAUUGCAGAAUGCGGAGAGCUGAUUGAAUUGCCAUGUCAAAUGCUAGAGUCGUGGGCGCCUACAGUCGAGGAUCUUGAAUUGGAAGCUUUAGGGAGCCUAGAGAAUCUACCAAUGCUAAUUGACUGCCUCGCUAAAUCAUCUACUCGUCUCACAAGAUUGAAAAUCAAAGAUGUUCCUAAAUUGAUGGCUGCUAGUAAUGAUAGUGUUGAGAGUUGGGAUCUUAGCAGCUUGAAAACAUUAGAUAUAGAUGUGAGUGUGGAAUGGUCCAGCGAGGCUAGUGCUGGCAUUGCGGUGACUGUGGAAGGGAUGCUGCAAGGAUGCUGCAACUCACUUACUGACUUACAAUUGAAGGGGGUGGCAAAUUGGGAGUGGCUGCCCCAAUCAAUUCAAAAUCUCGCUUUUCUUUAUUCGUUAACGUUGAAGAAUAUAGGAGUAGAAGAAUUGCCUCAAUGGUUGGGGAACCUCUCAUCUUUGAGGGAUGUAUUUCUAUGUAGUUGCAUCAAAUUGAAGCGCCUGCCCUCUGUGGAUGCAUUGAAGCACCUCACUAAAUUUGAAAGGUUAUAUAUUGCUGAUUGCCCAGAACUACGUAUUGAUUCGGAAUGGCGCAGCCACCAUCCCAAUCUGGAAAUCAAAGACGAUUUGCAAUUUGUACAAAUCUCUGGACUUCUAUAGAGUGAUGUUGUCACCGUCAUCAUCCUCAUCGUCGUGGUGUGAGAGGACGUUUGAGGAAUAAAAAUUCGGUCAGAGACUUUUACCCGGCCCGGUGAUUUGUCUAGCCAAUUGUUGCCCAGCUGUUGGCUUGUUCAUUCAAGCGCAAAUUUCAGUUUUGAAUGCAGUUUUCUCAAUUAUUCGGUAGACGAAAAAAGGGAGACUUAAGGAGAAAAACACGAGGAAGGAGGAAGACGAGAAAACUUGAGAAGAUGCGCACCAACUCCGGAAGGCACAUUGAUCUUCACAUCGAGCUCUCCAUGAUUUUACUGAUUUUGAUUAUUUGUAGUGUUUGUUUUGGAUGAUUAGUUGGUUUUUUUAUGUUGUUCCGACAUGAAUCUAGACAAAUUUUAUGGACAAACUCUUAUUGAUCUUAGUUAUUCUUUGGGU